AUGGUUUUUGGGAGUCGAGACGGAUCCGCCUGGAUUUUUUUGCUCGCGCUGCUUUGUCUUUGUGACUGCUCUGCCUCGCAGUUAACCUAUUCGAUUUCUGAGGAGCUGAACAAAGGGACAGUAGUGGGCAACAUUGCAAAGGAUUUAAAUCUGAACAUACAGGAUCUGGAGACCAGAGAUUUACGCAUCGUAUCGAGUUUCAGUAAGACGUACUUUGAUGUGAAUUUACGCACGGGGAACCUUUUUGUCUCUGACAGGAUAGACAGAGAGGAGCUUUGUCCUCAUGUGGAUAAAUGCUCCAUCAAAAUACAAGCUGCUUUAAACAAUCCAAUGAAUGUGCACAGAAUAGAGAUACAUAUUCUAGACGUAAAUGAUAACCAGCCCUGUUUUGAAGAACAAUCGCAUGUGUUGAAUAUUUCAGAAUUGUUGUCGCCAGGGGAAAGAUUUCCACUCCCUGUAGCUGGAGAUGCAGACAUUGGAUCCAACGCAGUAACGAGCUACAAGCUGACACAAAAUGAACAUUUCUCUCUUGAUGUUCAGAGUGGAGGAGAACACGGAGUGUAUGCUGAGUUGGUGCUGCAGAAAGCUUUAGACAGAGAAAAACAAGCAGUAAUAAAACUUGUUCUGACUGCUGUAGAUGGAGGUAAACCAUCGAGAUCAGGGACUUUACAGCUAAUUAUUAAUGUUUUAGAUUUUAAUGAUAACACACCCGCAUUCAGUCAAUCUCUUUAUAAAGUCCAGGUCAAGGAAAACGCUGAUCCAGGAACAUUUAUUUUGAGGAUUAAUGCAACAGAUCUGGACGCGGGGCUGAACAGUAAGAUCUUGUUCUUCCUGAUAAAAACGGGGAACCUGGAUCCGUCAAAAUAUUUUAAUUUGAAUUCAGAAACGGGAGAAAUACACCUGAAAGAAAAA